GACGGCGACGAUGACGACGGCACGGCAGCUAUCGACCAACCUUCGGCGUGCGCGGAACGCUAGUGUGUACGAUCACGUCGUCCGUGAAAAUUGUCGUUUUGUAUUCGAAUUGAACACAUUUUUCAGUUUCUACGUCCGCGCGUUCAACGAGUGCGUUCACUUGACGCGUGUGCUCGUGUAAUAAAAUUGAUCUUGGCGAUCGCGUCGUCGUUAUUUUUUUUGGGUUUCCGUUCUCGUACCAGCUACUAGUGCGCGAGUGCGGAGUCGAUCGUGAUCGAUUUGUGCGGGAAAAUCGUCGAUACAUACACAUAGAUUGACGGGAAGUCGACCGUCGCUCUACUAACUACUGACAGGAACGCUCGAAUGGCGUCGCGAAGUUCGGCGGUGUCCGAGAAGUACGCGGGAUACACGUCGAUGUUUGUCGGGUCUUAGUGCGAGCGCGAGGUAUGACCGUGGGGCCCAUGACACGCAACGGGGAGUGCAAAAAGUUCUCGCCCAACAUAUUCAACAAGUCGAAAUGCACUAAUUGCUUCAGGCAGAAGGAGGAGCAUAGCGCGGAGGCUUUGGAGAGUAAUCGGGCCACCAGGAAGGCUGUAAAAUGUGGAUAUUUAUUCGUAGCGCCUGGGCGAGACUUUACCAAUCCUAUCAAUCGAACCAAGAGAUGGCAGAGAAGAUGGUUUGUACUGUUCGACGACGGAGAACUGAUUUAUUCACUGGACGAGCAUCCGGACACUGUACCACAAGCCAGGCUGGAUAUGUUUACAGCCAUUGCUGUGGAAGAAGCUGACGAUGCAACUGGAAAUCCUCAUAGUUUGGCCAUCACGUCCUCUGAUCGAAAUAUUCAUUUCGUCAAAGGAGCGUGUAGAGAAGAAGCUAAGGGUUGGAAAGAUGUACUUACCUCAUAUAUGCGUCAUACUACACAGAUAACUCCAACGACCAAUGGCAUACCAAAGCAUAAGCGGAACUCGACGUUCCCAGGUCCAAACACUACAUCCGGCGCUCUGAAUGGACCAGUCGUUAGAGCCGCUACCAUUUCUACGAGUACAAAUUUGGCUAGUCAUCAGCAAACGACAGGAUGGGUGACUUCGACACAAAUCGUAUCUGACCAAAGACCUCGUUCAUCAACAGCACCAGUAAUCGUAGCUACGGUUCCUACAAGUAAAACCGACCGAAAAAUUUAUUCAAAUUCACCGCCUACUCGAGAACAAGUUCGGGCAGAAGACAAUGUACGACUCAGGUCUACCGAACAACAUCGAUCAAACUCCAGUUUGUCUCAAACGUCAUCUUCCGGAUGGGAUCAAACCGAUUCGACUGAUUGCGUUACCAGGAGACUACUGAUCGAAGAGUAUGAAAGUGAAUGCAAGCUGAAAGAAAUCGCAGACUCGAUUACUCGGUUACAUCCUCGUAAUAUAACUAAUGGGAUAUUAUCAAAGUCUAGAAACAUAGAACAUAUGAGAGAUUCAGAUGUUAACAAUCAAAAACAGGUACGUGGUGAUCCAGACGGUUGUGGGUUAGAUUUAUCUUUACGAUACUCCCCUAGCUCGGAACUGAGAGUUGAUUUGCCAACUGAAGACUUAUUAAACAUAAAGAAAGGCUGGCUUAUGAAACAAGGAAGUACAUCAGAUGAAUGGAACAAACAUUGGUUCGUACUCAGAGGUUCUGCAUUAUUAUUUUAUCGUGACCCUACUGCUGAAGAUCAAGGUAUCCUAGAUGGUGUGGUUGAUCUAAGUUGCGUGACUACUGUUAGUGAAGUGCAAGUCAACAGGAAUUAUGGGUUUCAGACAAUUUCUUGGGAUGAUAAGAGAGUUAUUUUAUCAGCGAUAACUUCUGGUAUACGAACUAAUUGGAUAUCCGCUAUACGGAGAGCUGCUGGACUCACAGAAGAAAAUAUGAUGGUUAAACCUUCUUUGGAUGGUACAUUAUCUUCUUCAAGAUCGGUCAUCUUUUCAUCAGAUGACGAGUAUAGAACAGCAUCUGAGUGUGGAAGACAUGAAAGUAGUGAUUGGGGUGAUACUUUACCACCAUCGCCUCCUCUGAACCGAACACCAAUAUCAAAAGUUAAAGAACGAGCAAGAGGUGGGCCUAGAAGUAGGAUAUUUACUGGAGGAACUCUUGCAGCUAAACGUUCGAAAUCUUCACCUCCUGUAUCUCCAAGAAGUAUUUCUGAAACUUCAAAAUCCGAUGAACUUUUACUAUCGUCAUGUGCAGAAUCUGACGAUACCAAAAGUGACCGAAGUUCAUUAGUGGGCCGAGUAGGAAAACAAGCUGAUGAAUUAGUUGAUGUCAAAAAGCAACUGACUGGUGUAUUAUGUCAGUUGAGUAAUGCUGAACAAGAAUUGAUAAGACUACGGCAACGCAAGAACGAUGUGUUAGCAUUACAAAAGCAAGUAGAAACAAUGGGCACUUCGUUAAAAAUGGCUGAAGAUAUGAUUAAACAAAAAUCUGAUCAAUUAGUCGAAUUUGAUUCGCUGAAGAAACUUUACAGAGACGAAAAAAAAAACUGGGAAACUGCUUUGUGUUCAGUACAAAAUGAAUCUGAACAACACCUUGAAGAAUUAGAAAGAACUAGAGAACAAGUUUCUAGACUUAGGGGUUCGCUGGCAGAUGUGUCUGACCGUUUAGCUAGAGGAAUCGAAGAAAAUGAAUCUCUUUAUCGAAGAGUUCGUGAGUUAGAAGGGCGAUCAGUACCAAUCAGUGCAUCUAUUCGAGAUAGUCGAGCUAGAAGCUUAGAUUCACUUAGUGAUUUGACGAAUAUAGAUUUAGAUUUAGAUACCGAAAAUAUGGAUAAAGAAAGGGUUGUUGAAGAAUAUGAAGAUUUAAGAUGUAGAUUCGAAAAAGCUGUCCAGGAAAUUAGAGCAAUGAAACGAGAACUCAGAGAGUCAAAUAUUCAAACCGAUUGUUUGGAACUGGAAUUGAUUAAUGCUCGCCAAGAUUUACAGAUUAGACAGCAAACGUACGAAAGUCAAGCAUCUAUGAUGGCAGCUAGAAUUCAGGAUCUGACCACCAAACUUUCAGCAGCUGACAAACAGAUUCGGUUGUUGAAACAAAAACUUACAAAAUCAGAAGGACGAGAAAAACGUCGUUCUUUAUCACUUAAAGGUCGUGAAUCUUUUACUAUAUGUAAGGAAUUGGAAGAGAAACUGAUUGAUUUGGAAAAGAAAAUCGGUAAGCUCGAUAUAACCAAUGGCAAUGCAAUAGAAAAAACCGAAUCAAAAGACUCUGGAUGUCGAGCUAGUACAGUUGCAUCGAGGCUUAGACGAAAAUCAUUAGAUAGCGCUACAAGUAGUGAACCAAUGAAAGUGCUUAUCAGGAUGACAUCCUUGGAAAACCGCGUUGCUGAAUUACAAAAGGCAAAUUCAGAUACCAUGAAUAUAAUCGUCGAAGACGGUAUCGAUACCAAAGAAAAUGAAAUUUACAAAAUCGAAUGUGCUUGGCGUUCCAAAAUGAGCGAAAUUUCAUCUAAGAGAAGAAAACUUCAAACUGAAGGUCAACUAGAUGAUGAAUCCAAAACAACAUUAUUGGCUGAAAAAGUUGCUACAGAAUCAGUAUUUUUAAACAAAUUAAAACAGUUGAUGAAAAAUGAUAUAGCAAUUGAAUCUACAAACCGAAUCAAAAAUAGAUUAGAAUCUAAUAUUGAUUUAGUAGCUGAAGUGGAUAAAAUAGUUGGUAUAAAAAAUAAUACUGAAAAAAGAGUUAUUGAAUUUAUGGAUAAUCGAAUGAGUACAAUACAAAAGUAUAAAUGGGAUGUUGAUGAAGUAAAAAAUAUUGCUUAUGACUGUUUGGAGGACAUUGUAACUGACACAGAAAUGCAUAUGGCACUUGACUAUUAUUUCAAAACUCAAGAUUUAUCAGAUAAAGGUAGUGUUAUGAUAAUUCAGUGUGUAAUGAAUAGAGGAAAAUUAGAAACUUGGUUAAACGAAGUCAGAAAUUUGGUGGAAAUCAAAAUCAACGAAGUCGUACAAACUUUACCGACUAAAGCAAAGCGUAUCGAAGACAAAAGCUGUUUGGAAGAGUACUUUGAAGUUGCAGUACUCCAUUGUAUGUUAGAGUCUGGCUUGAAUCUAGUGGAGAAAACUCCAAAAAAUAAGACUGACAUGAAUGAAGAUGAAGCUCUAUCUGAAUGUCAAUAUUUGGCGGCUAAAAUGUGUCAGUGUUUGCCUCCAAUAGACGAUAAGCGUAUGUUACACGAUAGUCUAGGUGGAGUCGAAACUGAAGUAAUGGCUCUUAGGUCAUGUAUGGAAGAAAUAAUCGACAAACGACAGUUGAAUGGACCGGUUUCCGACCCGCAACCUUUGCGUAAUGAAAACAAAACCACUUCUUGGAUUGAAGAUGUCUGCAACAAAUGCCAUGACUUACGCAUGCAGAUAGCCUCACUACAAAUGUAUCUAGCGCAAUGUCAAGAAUGCCAAAGGUGUAUUUAUCUACAAGAAAAAAUCAAAGGUUACGAACAAGAACGUGAUGUCGAACUCGAAACAGUUCAAACACGGCAUCAGAUGGACAUUGCGGAACUGAAAAGUCGCUUGGAAGAAGAGAAACGAAAAUUAAUGAUCGUCAAUGAUCAAGAACAAGUCGUACUUAAGGAUCGAAUAAAAAAAUUGGAAAAACGAUUAAGUGCAUUGGACUCCGAAUAUAAUCAACAAAUGGACAAUUUAAGGUUAUCUUAUCAAAUAUCGUUGGCGUCACAUGACUCUUCUAACAGUAUUAUGACAGAAGAAUCAACUAAACUCCGAUACCAAACAGAAAUAGAACAUUUGAGGGCAUUAUGCGAGAAAGGUCUGUUGGCAAUGGAAAACUCGCACCGACGUAUUAUCGCUGAACUUGAGGAAAAACACCGACAGGAGACGGAAUCCUUAAAGUUAGAAAAAGAUCAGGCACUCGCCGAAGAAACGCAUGCAACACUGGCCGCGUUGGAUGCAAUGAGAAAAGCUCAUGAGGCUGAAGUGCAAAAGGAAGUGACCAAGUUCAAGACGGAAUUUUUAAAAAAGAUUCAAUCAAAUCACGAUAUCGGAGCUCUACAUAAAGAACACGAAGCCGAAAUGGAAGAAAUCAAAAAAGAAAUUCUUUCGUUGUCUGAAAAGUAUUCUAUCAAAUGCGUGGAGUCGGCAAACCUGGAAGAAGAACUGAAAUCGGCCAACUCACAGUUGGCACAAGCUCAACAGCAAAUCAUACAACUAGAUUCCAGGAAUAAGCAGCUCCGUGCACACUUGGUGUCAGAGACGAACGAUAACAUGUCGUCGGACUUUGAGAUCACAACGGACGCUGAACUCAGCCGAUUGAAGCAAGACAUACUGCAUGGCGAAUCGCUUGACAGUAUUUUGAACAGUUUUGAACAGUACGAUGCGACGGUGGCACGGGUCGACCGACCCGUUGUAGUGGCGCUGGUAAAUAAGUUGCGGCACAUCUCGGCCAGAAGCCGUUCUCAAGAGCCCAUUGUCGACGGGUCACACGUUACAUCAAAAACGGGUAACGUGACGACUUCUCGGUACUACACGGAACCCUCGCCUCUAACCAAAUCAACAGAGCCGAAAAGGUAUCUAAAGAAACCGACGAGAGCCAACAGUAUCUUACUGAAGUCGCCAACCAUGUGCGGCAUGGUGGCCGAUCGGAAGAAGAUAUUCGAGCAACGGUAAUUCGGCCGCUGUCGCGACCGCUUGACAACGACGACUUCGCGCGGUAAUACCGUGGUAUUAUUAUGUUAAAUAUGAUUAUCGCGACUAGUUGGUGCCAAUAACACAGUACUCGCAUA